AUGCCACUUUCCCAAUCCGGUAUCGCCAAGCGUAGUACUUUACACUGUCAGGCCUCUGCUCUUAAGUAUCGAGUGAUAUUGUUGAUACUUUUAAUGUUAAACGUACCAUUUAAAUGUUACGUGCUUGGUUUGUUGGUUGUAAUAUUAAGUCCCCUUUUUAACGGCCAAGCCCUUUUGGCUUGCUUAUGUUUGUCCCCUUUCCUAUUGUUAGUCCAUUUAAUAUAA